AUGUCCCUCGACAUGUGGACCCACGAAUUCUGCCUCUCCUGCGACCGACAAGUCCAGAUCGACGGCGAGGCCUACUGCUCUGAAGCCUGCAAGAUGGCCGACUUCGAAAAGACUCCCUCUACUCCCAGCUCGCGAGCCAGCUCACCAGGCUUCUCGCCCGCCUCUUCCUUCUCCAGCCGACCUGCUCCCGCCAAGUUCUACCUGUCGCCUGCCUACGACUUCAACCAGGCACGGCCCUACGGCUCAACACCGCAGCCAUCCUCCUCUUUCGGCAGCUACAGCUCGGAGACGUCGCCUCUGUCCGCACGAAGCAGCCUCACUCCCUCGAGCUCACACAGCAGCCUCUGCUCCAUGGAGAGCACAUCGUCUACCGCCGAAGCCAGCCAACUGUCAGACAAGGCACGCAUGGAACUGCGAGCAUACGCCGUUUCAUUCGAGCAGGUCAAGCUGCAGCGCAGGCGAUCAUACUAA